GUUUAAUAAUUUAAUUCAUCAUUUUAAACUUAAUAGAUAUUAAUAAAGUUAUAAGCUAAAUAUUUUGCAAAAAUGAAAAGAAAAGACUCAAGCGAUUCUGAUGAUGAAGAUCCUAGAUUGGCUUAUAAAAAAGCCUAGAAAAAAUAGACUUAAGAUUAGCCUAAGCCUGGAAUGGAAAUAGCUUAGAAGACAAUUACAAAAAAUAUGUUUGAAAAGAGAGGAUUGCAAUUUUCAGAGGAGGAACUAAAAAGCAUGGGUUCAGCUUCUCAGUAAACUAAUAACUAAAAAAAGCAGGGAGCAUAUAUAGCUGGUGGUGGAUAGGCCAGCUUUGAAGAACUUAAGAAGGAAUUAGAGUUAAGCAUUAAAAAAAAAGAUGACAAAACAACAGGUGUUAUAUUAAAAUAUAUUCUUGAGAAAGAUUUAGAACCUAGUAUUAAAUAAAAGUAUUGUAUUUAGCGCGCUUAACUCCUACUACAAAUGAAAUAAUACCAAGAUUGCGUUUAGGAGACUGAAUAAUGGAUCUAAACUUAUAGAUAGAGGGACGUUAAUACUUAGAAAUUUAGUGUAAAUAUGAGGCUAAUACUGGCUCAGGCUAAGUCUCAUCUAGGAGAAGUUUGGAGUGGCUACUUAGAAUUCUUAAGAGCUGAAGGAUUUUGCUAAGCUUUUAUUUAAUAAAAGUAAUAGGAAACAUAAGGAGAAGGUAAGGCAAAAGGAUCAAAAAGUGAGUAAGAUAUUAAUUGGGCAGAAAGUGAUUCUGAUUUACUGUUAAGAGAACUCUAAGAUUGUGAGUUACACUUUAAAGUUAAAUUGCAGUAAGAAAAGAAGACAGUAAAUUUCCUUUAUUGCAGUGGAUUUAGCAAUACAGGAUGUUUAGGAUUAGAAGGUGCUACGUCUACAAAAAUUUCUCUAAUACCUUAGAUCAAAAAUAGACAAGUAUUAAGUAUAGCAUGUGGUGAUCAUCACACUAUAGCUUUAGUUAAAUCUUUUCCCUCUUCUUUACUCUUUUAUCCUAAUUAUGGCCAAAUAUCAAAGACUUUUGAGCAUUCAUAUGAGGUGUUUGGUUGGGGAGAAAACACAUGUGGUCAAAUUACAGGAGAUUCCUCAUACAAUAAAAUUAUAGAAAAGCCAUUAUUGUUGAGUUACUUUAGUGGAAAAUUCAUUAAUGCUGUUGGAGCACAUAAAGCAAGCAGUUUAGCAAUUGAUUUAAAUGGAGCAGUUUAUGAGUGGGGUACUAAUAAAUUUAACAACAGUGAAAGUCUUAAUUUCGAAUAAACCUUUUAAAUCAAUUAAAAAGAAGUAGUUUAAAUAUCAAGAGGAGCUAAUUUUUAUGCUGUUUUGGAUACUAAUAAAUAAUGUUAUUGGUGGGGCAGUUUCAAAGAUAAGCUACAAAAGAAAGAAAUAUAAGGCACAAAAUAUAACAAUAUUACUAGCAUAGCUGUUGGAAAUAAUCAUAUGAUUAUUUCAGAUGAAAAUGGAAAAGUUUAUGGUUUGGGAGAUAAUUCAAAGGGAUAGCUAGCUCUUGGAUAUAAAAAUUAAUUUGUUAAUCAAUUUGAGUAGAUAGAAUAACUAAAGGGAAGUAAAAUAUUAAAAGUAAGGGCUUUUUCUGAUGCCUCACUCUUCUUUACAGAUGAUGGAGUUUUAUUUUAUACAGGAUAAAUCUCAGCAAACAAGAGUAUUGACUAUGUAAAAGAGACAGAGUUUUCUGACGAUGUAAAAAUUGUAAAUGGAUGUGGCUAUGAUGGCUAACUUUAUGCUUUAAGCUCUUCUGGAACUGUUUAUGUAUGGGAACCAGAGACUUCAGUUAAGUUUAAGCUGCAUAAAGAUGUUACAUCACAAACUUUCAGAGAUAUAUUUGUUGGAUCUGGAUUCUAAAUUAUGACGAAAUCACUUCCUAAUCCAAAGCUGAGCAAUAUAAUAAUCGAAAAAAACUAAAAAUUUGAGACUUAUGAAGACAUUGUCUUACAAGUUGUUUUAAGAGAUCAAACAGGAUAUUGGGGUUUAAAACCCUUCUAUCCACUUAGAUAUUAAUUGCUUGUUAGUGAUAAAAAGAAUCUCUCAAUUGAUGAAGUUGAAAGAUUAGCAUAGAAUUUUACAAAUAUGACUAAAAAUUAAUAUUAAGAAGAAAAAGUGUAUAUUGAUGAAAUAGGUACUUAAUAACUGCUCUAGUUUAUUGUAUAGGUAAAUAAUGAUCAGCCUCAUAUGCACGAUAUUACUAUCAAUAUUGAGAAUGCUGGAGUUUAUUAUUUAUAUGUCCUCUUAAGUGAAGAAAUGAUUGGUACACAACCGAUAGAACUUAGAAUUCAAUAAUCUAAAUUAGAAAAGCUUAAGAGAGAAGAAUAAGCAGCUGAAGAAGAGAAAAGAAGAAAUGCUGCCUUAGAUAAAUAAAGAAGAGAGGAAGAAAAAAGAUAAAAGCUACAAGAUUUUCUUGAUGAAGAGAAAAGGCAAUUAGAAUUAAAUGAGCAGAAAAAGAAAGAAACAGAUGAGAGAGCAAGAGAAGCUUAUUAAAAGUAUUUGAAAGAGCAGUAAGAAAAAAAAGUGAAAGAGGAAGAUGAGAGAAGGAGAAGAGCAGAAUUACAAACAGGUGGAGGAUUUGAUUUAGAAAAGGCAAAUUUAUAUAAAAAAUAAAACUCAACAACAAUAUAAUAAGGAGGUUAGCAAAGUAUUUAGAAAUAAAGUAGUAAAGAAAUAAAUACUAACACCAAUAGUUAAUUAGGGUCUUCACAAACAAAAAUUCCUUCUUCUAAAAAUUCUUUUACGUCUUUCGAAAAAGAAUAAAAGCCCUAAUAGCAAAAUGCAACAACUGGAGUAAAUCCAGUAAAAAGAGUUUCCACAAGCAAUCAAAAUACAGGUAUAGGUGCCACAAGACCUAAUGUAACUUAGAGCUCAUUGUAGAAUAAGUAAGCUGCUAGUAAUGUGAUAGGUGCUUAAAAGACUCUUACUAAAGCUCCUAUUAAAAAGAAAUGA